GCACCAGGACCACAAAAAAACCAGUCAAGAAAAAACAAGGAGAAUUGCUUGAGCAAUACAAUGGUAUUGGAAUCCCAGCGAAUCCUCAAAAAGCUAGCCACGGUUGGUUUAGAACGUGGAAAGAGCGGCAACAGUGAAGCACAGUUCAUACUAGCAAACUGCUUUGGUAUGGGUGCGCUUGGGAUGCGCAUCAACCACGAGCGUGCAUUUGUGUGGUAUAUCCAAGCAUCCAAGCAAAGUCAUGCCGAGGCAACUUAUCGAGUCGGAGUAUGCUACGAACUUGGGAUCGGAACCAGACCAGACGAAGGAAGAGCAAUGGCAUUCUAUCGAAAGGCGGCCGUGAUGUCUAAUCUACGGAGCAUGUACAAACUAGCAAUCAUUCUUCUCGACGGCAGGUGCGGCCAGUCAUCAUCUCCGCGUGAGGGCAUGGCAUGGCUGCAGAGAGCUGCCAAUGCUGCAUCUGCAGAAUGCCCGCAUGCUCUUUAUACACUUGCCAUGAUACAUAUAACGGGCGAGUGCAAAGAUACCAGUAUAAUAACCGACCACUUUUAUGGGCUCGAGCUUCUGCACAAGGCAGCAAGUCUCGGACACGCGGUCAGUCAAAUUAAACUAGGAGAAAUGUACGAGCACGGUGAUCUUGUUGAAGAGGAUCCGGCCCAGUCUGUCUAUUGGUACUCACUUGCAGCAGAACAGGGCAAUCCUGAAGGCGCACUUGCCCUAUCGGCCUGGUACCUGACCGGAUCAUCAGAAGGAGGUGGCGGAUUAUUGGAGCAAUCUGACAGGCAGGCAUAUCUAUGGGCACGCAAGGCAGCCACACUAAGUACACGGGAUCGGUGGGUGAUGGCCAAGGCAUGUUAUGUGAUUGGAUAUUAUUGUGAGCGUGGAAUUGGUCUUGACUACCCUGUACCAAAAGAAGCCAAGAAAUGGUUCGGCAGAGCAGUACAGCUAGGGCACAUGGAAGCCAAGAAUCGUCUU